UAUGAAAGGUUGUGUUAACAAUCAGUCUACUCAUAGAUUUGUUUGAUCAAGAUUGUAAUAUUAAGAGCGUUCUUGAAAGUUACUUAUCGAAAGAAAAAAUAACAUCUCAACGCUAAUAUUUUCUGACAAUCGUUUUAACCGGUUGUACACACUUUGAUUGAAUACAAUUAACUUUGGACAGUCAUUGCGAAGUUCGUCGUGCUUAUCUUCCCCGUCCUACUUAAAACCUUUGAUAUAAAAGUUUAUAAAGCAGCCAGGCUUGUUUAAAAGUAUGAAUAUUCUUGUUUUUUUGCUAACCUGGACGAUACUUGCUACGGGUGAAACUGCGACCCUUUCAAGAGACACUUUAAACGAUUUAGUAAAACUUAUCGGUGAAUAUAAAUCAUUAGAUGCAACUGGAAAUAGUAAGGACGAAGGAGAGUCGUUUGCCGUAAAAAAAGGAACUUUUUCACAAUUAAAGUGCUCUGAAUCAUCCAGAAUUACCUUCAAAGAAUGUAUUGUUGUAAGUUCUACUGUAGAUGAUAAACGAGCAUGCGCAAAGAAGUUUGUAGACACAUAUAAGGAAUGUUUUUUUGGAAAAUCGGUACCGCAUGCUUCGAGUAAUGGAGUUGGCUGUCAAGACACAUGCAUUAGAAAAUUUGAUAAAUGUCUCUAUACCUCAAAUAAAGUUGAAGAAUUUGUGUGUAUAAAUGGGAGAGACACGUGUCGUGGAAAUUGCAAAAUCGAGUCACUGAGUAAGCGUGGCUGUUCCGAAGACUGUGAUGCCGGGUACAGAAUAUGUGAACAACAUUGUGAAAUCUUUACUGAUAUUUUAAUUUGCCAACAAAACGAAAAAGAAUGUCGCAAAAAAUGCUAAAAACUUGUACCUUUUGGGGAUCUCUUAUUAAUAAUAACUAUUAUUUAUUAGGAAAAAAUUGUUUAAAAAAAUUCCCGUUCCCUUAGUGUUUAGCAACGCGUUUUUGUUUUCAAGAAAUAUUUUGGUUGCUAGGAUAAUCAUUUUUAAUCAGGUCUUCCUAAAGGCUCUGCCUUAAAACCCUAUCAACAGAAGAGUAUCUGAAAUACAUAGCAAAGCUUA